AUGAUCUUCAAGCGGAAUCAGCGGUCGGAGAUCCUUGCGCUGCGGCGCUGCAAUGCCGCGGGCGGCGGAGGGGAGGACGAGGGGGGAGGCGACCCCCGCCCGAGGAAGAGGUGGAGGGGCGACGCGUUCUUCCCCGUCGAGCUGCUCGGCGACGUCCCAGCCUCCAGCAUCCCGUACGCGGCCUUCGGGCUCCGGUGGAGCGAGGAGCCCGAGGCGCCGGCAGAGGCCGCGCUACCACCGCCCGCGGCGAGGCCGCCGGUGGUGCGCACGUCGCGGGGCCGCACCCAGGUGCUGCCCUCUAGGUUCAAUGACUCGGUACUUAUCGAGCCCUGGAAGAAGGAGAAGCCGGCCAAGCCGCCGCCGCCGCCUGUCAAGACAGAGCAUUUGGUGCGCAAAAACGGGCUGCUGCACAGUAAAGGUGCAAUUUUUGACAGGAGCUUUGCAUUGUCCGAGGUAGAUGACGACGAUGAGGAGGAGGCCAUGGUGGAACGUUACCGAGCACGCCGCAGUUUUGGUGGCUCCAGGAAGUACUUAGCCUCUCGGAGCACACUUACCUCGGUACAUGAUGAACCAUACAGCAAUUACCACAGAAAGGAAGUGAUGCUUAGGCAUUACUAUGAGGAAGAAGAUGAGGAAGACGAGGAGGAUGAACAAGAGGAGGAUGAAGGGUGUGAGGAUGAGGAGAAAGAAGAGACUUUUCACUGUACUGAGCAAUUGGUGUAUGGGGACAUUGUGUGGGUAAAGCUUGGCAAACAGUUCAGUGAUGAGAAGAAGUACGUGUGGGUGAGGCAGGGGUUGAUAUUUCCAUUUUCAGACUACAUGGACCGAUUUCAAGGGCAGACAGAACUAAGCAGUUGCAAACCUGCUGAUUUCCGGAGGGCAGUAGAAGAGGCCUUUUUGGCUGAUCAGGGAUUCUCAGAAGUAGUGGUGGAUUGCAGCACCAAGGGCCAGCCUGUGGUGUGUCAUUCUUUCCCAGAUGAUUUACAUGAAGUGACUGGUUCAAAUGAGUUGGAGUACCAGCCACAGAUUAAGCAGUGCAGAAGAGCACUGCAGUGUGAGAGUUGUGGAAACUGCUUUCCGAACAAGGAUACAAACAAGAUGGUGUAUGUGAUGGAGCAACUUGCUUGCAGACUUUGUGCCGGGAUCUUGGCAUUAAAAAAGUACUGUGGAAUUUGUUUAAAAAGUUUGCAACAUAAAUAUGGUGGAAGAUGGGUUUGCUGUCAUGGCUGUGAAAGUUGGGUUCAUUCAGAAUGCGAUGAAAACUGCAGCAACCUAAAGGAUCUACAAGACAACAGUUAUCACUGCCCUUACUGUAGAGUUAACAUGAAUUCAACUCUCCCUGGGAAGAACACAAAAUUUUCUGAUGUCAGAAAAGAUAGUUCUGCACAGAAAGGAAGCAAGCCUGACAAAGUUGCACUGGUCUGUUUUGACCUGGAAGGAACAUACCAACCAGAUCUCGAAUUAAUUUCUUGCCAUUGUGGCCCUUGCAAGGGACAGAAAUUUUUGUUCAAUGAAUGGGAGCGGCAUGCUGGCUGUAGAAGUAAAAAUUGGAGGUCCAGUAUUAAGCUUAAGGGCUCAUUGAUGCCAUUUGGGAAAUGGAUAGAUCGACAUCAGCCAGGCGUGUGCCCUACUAAUCCUUCAAAACGCUUGUCUCAGAAAAUGAAGAAACAGAAGUUAAUUGAUUUGCUAAAUGACCCAUAUGAUCCUGUAAAUGUAAAAUGGACGACAGAAAGAUGUGCAGUCUGUAGAUGGGUUGAAGAUUGGGAUUACAACAAAAUUGUGAUUUGUAAUAGAUGUCAGAUAGCAGUUCAUCAGGAAUGUUAUGGUGUGACGGGUAAGCAAGACUUUACUUCAUGGGUUUGUCGGGCUUGUGAAAAACCUGAGCAAAAGAGGGAGUGCUGUCUUUGCCCUGUGAAAGGUGGUGCUUUGAAGCCAACAAAUGUUGAUAACUUGUGGGUUCACGUGACAUGUGCAUGGUUUCAGCCACAGGUUGCUUUUGCUGAUGAGCUCAUGGAACCUGCUAUUGGGAUAUUGAACAUUCAACCUUUGCUAUUUAUGAAGAUGUGUGUGAUUUGUAAGCAAAUACAUGGUUCAUGUACUCAAUGCUACAGGUGCUCUACUUACUACCAUGCCAUUUGUGCAUCAAGGGCAGGCUAUCGAAUGGAGCUUCAUUGCUUGGAAAAAAAUGGCAAACAGACAAUAAAGAAGAUUUCUUACUGUGCCCAACAUCGGAGCCCUAACCCUGAUAAUGUUUUGAUAAUUCACACUCCUGCUGGAACUUUCUCAUCAAAAAAGCUUGCUCAGAGCAAUGGCAAGGUAGCUGCAUCGAGACUGAUCAGGAAAGAUAUUCCCUUGGAUUUGCCGUCAGAAGUUGAAAUUUCAGAGAACAUAUCAGCGGCAAGAUGUCGGAUUUAUGUUAGGAAGGAUCUAAAGAGAUCUAGAGAUGGAGCAAUUGCGCAUCGUGUUAGAGGACCUUGUCAACACCGCUGGGAUGAAAUUGAUAAUCUGAAUCCACCCAGGGAAGAGAGGGAUCCAGAAUCUUUUUGUACUUUCAAGGAGCGUUUGUGUUAUUUACAGAAAACAGAGCAUGGUAGAGUAUGCUUUGGUAGAUCAGGAAUUCAUAGGUGGGGACUUUUUGCUCGGUGGGACAUUCAAGAAGGAGAAAUGGUCCUUGAGUAUCGCGGUGAGCAGGUUAGACGAAGUGUAGCUGAUUUACGGGAAGAAAAAUAUCGUGUGCAAGGCAAAGAUUGCUAUCUUUUCAAAAUCAGUGAGGAAGUGGUUGUUGAUGCCACAGACAAAGGAAAUGUGGCACGAUUGAUCAAUCAUUCUUGCACACCAAACUGCUAUGCAAGGAUUAUGAGUGUUGGACAUGAUGAAAGUCGUAUUGUUCUAAUAGCCAAGAAAAAUGUUUGUGCUGGUGAUGAGCUAACGUAUGACUACCUGUUUGAUACAGAUGAGGCUGAUGAACGGAAAGUGCCAUGCCUUUGCCAGACUGCUAACUGCCGGAAAUUCAUGAAUUAG